AUGUUAUCAAGAUCAAUUUCAAAUUAUACAAAGUUAAGUAUUAGAUAUUUCUCAACUUCAGUUAAAGGAGUAGAGGAAGUAGUUAUUGUUGCAGCCAAUCGUACACCAAUUGGUGCUUUCGGAGGUGCAUUGUCAGCAUUACCAGGAACUAAAUUACAAUCGAUCACAAUUCAAGAUGCUUUGAAGCGUGCCAAUCUCAAGCCAACCGAUGUCGACGAGGUGAUCAUCGGUAAUGUAAUCUCUGCAAACUUGGGUCAAGCACCAGCACGUCAGUGUGCGAUCGGUGCCGGUCUCCCACACAGCGUCGUCUGUACCACCAUCAACAAGGUCUGCUCAUCCGGUAUGAAGGCAGUGAUGUACGGUGCUCAAUCGAUUAUGCUCGGACACUCCAAGGUGGUUGUCGCCGGUGGUUUCGAAUCGAUGUCGAACGUGCCCUACUACACCGACAAGUUGCGUAACGGUGCCAAGUACGGAAACGCUACAUUGAUCGACGGUCUCGUUCGUGACGGUUUGGCCGACGCCUACGACGGUAGCGCCAUGGGUGUCUGCGGUGAGGACAGCUCCAAGAAAUACAACAUCACAAGAAAGGACAACGAUGAGUACUGUGUCCAAUCGUACAACAGAGCGAUCGCCUCGCAAAAGAACGGUGAUUUCGCCGGUGAGAUCGUCGAGGUGCCAAUCCCACAGCGUGGUGGUGCCGACCUCAUCGUCAAGGAAGACGAGGAGCCAAAGAAAGUAAAGUUUGAGAAGAUCCCAACUUUGAAGCCAGCCUUCACCAAGGACGGUGUCUUGACUGCUGCCAACUCCUCCAAGUUGAACGACGGUGCCGCCACCGUCAUCUUGAUGGCUGCUUCACAAGCCGCCAAGAUGGGUAUCAAGCCAAUCGCCAAGAUCAUUGGUUUCGCCGACGCCGAGCAAGCACCAAUCGAAUUCCCAACUGCACCGGCUCUCGCCAUUCCAAAGGCAUUGAAGAACGCCGGUAUCGACAUCAAGGACGUCGACUUCUUUGAGAUCAACGAAGCUUUCUCAUGCGUACCAAUUGCCAACGCCAAGUUGCUCAAUAUCGAUCAAUCAAAGCUUAACGUUUUCGGUGGUGCCGUCGCUAUGGGUCAUCCAAUCGGUUCAUCCGGUGCUCGUAUCAUCACAACCUUGACAACCGUACUUCAAAAGAAGGGUGGUAAAUAUGGUGUCGCUGGUAUUUGUAACGGUGGUGGUGGUGCAAGUGCAGUUGUUAUCGAGAAGCUUUAA